AAAUUUAACAACAGAAAAAAGGGAUUGGAGUUUUUUGGGGUAAGAGAGAGAAAAACAGGAAAAAUUAAAGCCAUUUUCUCUCUCUUCAAUUCCCAGUUUUCUCCUUUCCCUUUGAAUCUCCCUCUUUUCCACCCAACCAGAAGUUUUGUUGUCUCAGCUGCAUUUUAUCAAACAAUGUCUUUUUCAGAAGAUAUGGGGACUCUGCCCAUCAAUUGUACCGCGGUCGCAAUCGAUAAAGAUAAGCAUAGUCAGUAUGCUGUAAAAUGGGCAAUUGAUCAUCUUUUAUCUGGGAAUCAUUUCCUCAUUUUGGUCCAUGUUAGACAGAGAAAUCAUAUUCUUUGUUUGGGGUUUUAUUUGUUUGUCUUAUUGAAAUGUUGUUUGUUUGCAGCUGAUCAAUCUAUGGCAGGUCUUGAACCUGACCCACAACAUAUUUUCAUCCCUUUUCGUGGAUAUUGUGCUCGAAAAUCGGUUCAAUUGAAAGAGGUAGUUCUUGAAGAUAAUGACAUACCUAAGGCUAUUCUGGACUAUGUUAACAGCAACUUCAUCACUAACAUUGUUAUUGGCGCAUGUUCAAGAAACGCUCUUGUGAAAACCUUUAAAAAGCCUGACGUGCCAAGCUAUGUGACAAAAUGUGCACCAGAGUUUUGCUCUGUGUAUGUGAUUGCAAAGUCGAAAGUGCUCAGUGUACGUUCAGCACAGCGUCCUGUUGCAAAUACUCCUACUCCUCCUAGGCUUCCAUCUUCACUUGGAUUAACGCAUCAACAAUCAGUUGAACAUGCAUCUAUGGACGAUUUCAACACAAGAGCAUCUUCUCUCCGAGGAUCAAUGAACUCCAAUGGCACUGAAAGGAUUUCUUGGGAAAGAAACAGCGAUAGCAGCAGGGCUGGACGAAGGACCCUGAUGGGGAGUUCCUGGAAGAUUUCGUCAUCAAUGGAUAAUAUAGAUAUUGGUGGUGGGACUACCAGCAACCGCAGUUCCUUGUCUGAUGAUGAUAAUCAUGAGCAUUUUUCAUUCCGUAAUAUGAUUGAUGUGGCAGCCAAGGACUCAGACUUUUCUUUUGUUAGUGGUCCAAGAAGGGAUGACACUCAGCAAUCAAAUGAUCUAGAGGCAGAAAUGCGACGCCUGAGGCUUGAGUUGAAGCAAACUAUGGAUAUGUACAGCUCAGCUUGCAAGGAAGCCAUCAACGCAAAGCAGAAGGCUAAAGAGCUAAAUGACUGGAAGUUGGAAGAACUUCGAAAAUAUGAGCAAACAAGGUAUACUGAAGAGUCAGCUCAUGCACUUGUUGAGAUGGAGAAGGCCAAGUGCAAAGCUGCAAUCGAAGCUGCUGAAGCGGCACAGAAGUUAGCUGAGAAAGAAGCACAGAAAAGGAAGUUUGCAGAAUUGAAGGCUAAGCAAGAAGCUGAUGAGAAGAAUCGAGCACUAACUGCAUUGGCGCAGAAUGAUGUAAGGUACAGGAAAUACAGCAUAGAUGAAAUAGAAGUUGCCACUGAAAAAUUUUCCCCACAAUAUAAAAUUGGUGAAGGUGGAUAUGGACCUGUUUAUAGAGGUAGACUAGAUCAUACACCAGUUGCCAUCAAAGUAUUAAGGCCAGAUGCUGCACAAGGAAGGAGACAGUUCCAACAGGAGGUUGAGGUCCUAAGCUCCAUGAGACAUCCGCAUAUGGUUCUUCUCCUAGGGGCGUGCCCCGAGUAUGGUUGCUUGGUUUAUGAAUACAUGAACAACGGAAGCUUGGAGGACCGGCUCCUCCGAAAAGGCGGAACCCCCUCUAUUUCUUGGCGAGUUCGGUUCAAAAUAGCAGCUGAGAUUGCUAUUGCGCUUACAUUUUUGCACCAGGCAAAACCAGAACCCCUGGUGCACCGUGAUCUAAAGCCAGCUAAUAUUCUUUUAGACCGCAAUUAUGUGAGCAAAAUCAGUGACGUUGGUCUUGCAAGAUUGGUUCCGCCUUCUGUAGCAAAUAGUGUCACACAAUAUCACAUGACUUCUGCUGCAGGAACUUUCUGUUACAUUGAUCCUGAGUAUCAGCAGACAGGGAUGUUGACCACCAAAUCUGAUGUAUAUUCCUUGGGGAUAAUGUUGCUUCAGAUAAUUACUGCAAAGCCUGCAAUGGGUUUAAGUCAUCAUGUUCAAAGGGCCAUUGAUAAUGGAACUUUUUCUGAAAUGCUGGACCCUACUGUACAUGACUGGCCAGUUGAUGAAGCUCUCUCAUUUGCAAAAAUGGCCUUAAAAUGUUGUGAGCUUAGAAAAAGAGACCGUCCAGAUAUUGGUAGUAUUGUGUUGCCAGAACUCUGCAGGCUAAGAGAUUUUGGUAUGACUGAAGAUCCCAACAACUUCUAUGCUUAUCAGCCUGUAAAUCAUAAGCCAGUUCCACGCCCACGGUCGACGAUAGGCCAGGGUAGCUCACGCCCUUCAUCAAGAUCACCCCACAGAUCACCACAUUCAAGCCAGGGUUCAACAAGAACGAGUCCUUGGACACCACCACAAAGUUGAGAUCAAGGACGCAGAACUUCUAUAGUAAGCUCAUAG